GUCAUCUUGAAGUGGAGCACUUGUGAGUCUUUUUCUGCAUAGAGAGGAGACACUGAGCGAGGAUCACACACAAGCAAAAGCAGCGAGGAGGUGGUGGGUGUGUUAGCAUGUGAGAAAACGACAGCAGGGAAAGGAAGGCAGUCAGUGAGUAGAGAGAGAUAUAAAAAAAAAAUCCCCCCAGAAGAUCACAGUUAACACAGUGGUUUAUUUGAUACAGAAGAUUGACCAUGUUGCUGCAGACCAUCUUCAUGCUGUCUGCAACUGUUUUCUUUGGAUAUCUGGAAGGGAAGGGUGUUCAGAUGCAGCGGGAUGUUCAGUGUUGUAUGCAGUACUCACAGCAGACUGUCCGGACCAAAGACGUUCUAAAGUUUGAGGUGCAGACAGAGGGCCCAGACUGCAGCAUAAAUGCCAUCAUAUUGUACACUAAAAAAAUGGUGAAGUGUGCAGACCCCAGGGACAGGAAAGUGAAAAGGUUACUGAAGAAACUUAGGCAGAGAGCCAAAGCCCACAAGUCCACGCAAGCUCUGCCACAAAGACACUUACCUGUCAUAUCAAAUAUCCAGUAAAAAAUGGAGAGAAUCUGAUGACCACUUUAGCCUUUUCAUCUGUCACUGUCUUCUUGAAAGUCUGUAGAUCACCAGCUUUGAAUACAGAACAUUAUUCUGUCUCUCAAAAGUAAUAUUUUAGAUCUCUUUUUAAACUGACUGUUAAUCAAUAUAUGCCAAAGCAUCAUUUUUAACUCUGUACUUCAAGCUUGUUUAUUCUCUCUAUAUAUUCUGUGUGUAUCUUAAACGUUAUACAAGCUGUUAUAUAGAGUUAAAGUGACAUGACUGUUCCUGGCUCAAACAUAUUCUAUUAUGUAUGGUAAUGCAAUCAAUUUUUAUAUAUACAAAAUAUUGUAGAAACGCGUUGUGCAUUGUUUUUAUUCAAAAUAAAGAAAGAUAGAGUUCUUGGUGAAGGCUCACACAGAUGUUUUGAGCAAAUAAAAACAUGUUCCUGGCA